AAGGCAUUCUAAGUCUCAGCACUACGAGAAACGAAUAUUAAAAGCCGAAGGUCCAGUGAAGAAAUGAACAAUUCAAUCUUCAUCCUCAACAUCAAUCACAAAACAGCUAGCAUCAAUUGCUCCUAAGACUAUUCUAUCUGAUCUUUGAUCUUCAUUCCACCAAACCACACUCAAAAUGACUCACGCAUCCAUGGACCAGAAGACCAAGAAGAUCGAGGAGGUUCGCUCCAACCUUCCUCUCCCUGAGCAACCCCCCGUCGCUUCCGACUGGCAAUCAGCAGAUGCUCGCAACGUCAACGUCGGCACUGGCGGUGUAUCAAGUGAUGUCUCUACUGGCGCCGGCUCAACAUCUGGCCUUCGUGAGCCUGCCUCAAAGGCUGAUGCCGACCUGAGCAAGGUCGGUCGCCAAGGCAAGGACAACCUCGAGGGUCCUCCCAAGGAUGCCUCUUAUUAAACAGCAUCCACAUAAACAACAAAAAACGAAAAUAUACCCGAAACAAACAUUGAAUCGAAUUGGUGGCAUGGCAUUGACUUUGACUUAAUCGGCAAAUGUCAUCUCGGCGCAUUUGGGUGGAUCUUAUGGGCCUUUGUAUGAAUAUUACGGAAUCUUAGCGCAUGAAUCAUAUGGUGCAUCAUGGUGGUUGACAUCGGGGGGCUCACAAGAUUUUGCUACCCUAGAAUAGUCUACCAAUGAAAUUCGUACAAGACGAAACAAUUCAACAGUUCAGACGAUACC